AUGGAAAUGCAGGAUCUAGCCAGUCCUCACAGCCGAGUAAGUGGAAGCAGUGAAUCUCCUAAUGGUCCCAACCUCGACAACUCCCAUAUCAAUAACAAUUCCAUGACACCCAAUGGCACUGAAGUUAAAACAGAGCCAAUGAGCAGCAGCGAGAUCGCCACCUCAGUAGCAGACGCCUCUCUAGAAAGCUUCUCAGGAUCAGCUAUUGGAACCAGUGGCUUCAGCCCAAGACAAACUCACCAGUUCUCUCCACAGAUUUACCCUUCCAACAGAACAUAUCCACAUAUUCUUCCUACCCCCUCAUCCCAAAAUAUGGCUGCGUAUGGGCAGACGCAGUACACCACAGGAAUGCAGCAGGCCGCAGCUUAUGCUAGUUACCCCCAGCCCGGCCAGCCCUAUGGUAUCCCAGCCUAUGGUCCAUUGUGGGCAGGCAUAAAGACGGAGGGGGGUCUGAGCCAGGCCCAGUCCCCAGGACAGACGGGCUUCCUAAGCUACAGCUCCGGCUUCACCACGCCACAGACAGGACAGGCUCCCUACAGCUAUCAGAUGCAAGGUAGCACAUUCUCAUCAACAUCCGGAUUGUAUGCGGGCAGCAACUCUCUGACUAACUCAACUGGAUUCAACAGCACACAACAGGACUACCCCACUUACCCAGCCUUUGGGCAGGGCCAGUAUGCUCAGUAUUACAACAGCUCACCCUACACCUCGCCCUACAUGACAAGUAACAACACCAGCCCCAGCACGCCCUCCACCACCGCCACCUACACUCUUCAGGAGCCCCCCUCUGGUAUCACCAGCCAGGCCCUCACGGACAACCCAGCAGAGUACAGUACCAUCCACAGUCCAUCAACCCCCAUUAAAGAUUCAGAUUCGGAUCGAUUGCGCCGGGCCUCGGAUGGAAAGUCACGUGGCCGGGGGAGAAGGAACAACAACCCAUCACCGCCGCCCGACUCCGACUUGAGGUAGGUGUUCAUCUGGGACCUGGAUGAAACGAUCAUCGUUUUCCAUUCCUUGCUCACGGGGUCUUACGCCAACAGAUAUGGACGGGAUCCUCCAACGUCCGUCUCAUUAGGCCUGAGGAUGGAAGAAAUGAUUUUCAACCUGGCUGACACACACUUAUUCUUCAACGACUUAGAGGAAUGCGACCAGGUCCAUAUUGACGAUGUGUCCUCUGAUGACAACGGUCAGGAUCUAAGUACGUAUAACUUCAGUUCUGAUGGCUUCCACGCGGCAGCGACCAGUGCCAACCUGUGUCUUGCCACGGGCGUGAGGGGAGGUGUGGACUGGAUGAGAAAACUGGCCUUCCGUUAUAGACGAGUAAAAGAAAUCUACACCACCUACAAAAAUAACGUAGGAGGUCUGCUGGGCCCGGCCAAAAGGGAAGCCUGGUUGCAAUUGCGAGCAGAAAUUGAAGCCUUGACGGACUCCUGGUUAACUCUGGCACUGAAAGCACUAACAUUAAUCCACUCAAGGUCAAACUGUGUGAAUAUCCUUGUGACCACCACGCAGCUCAUCCCUGCCCUGGCGAAGGUCCUGCUCUACGGCCUGGGCAUAGUCUUUCCCAUCGAGAAUAUUUAUAGCGCAACAAAAAUAGGGAAGGAGAGCUGCUUUGAGAGAGUAAUUCAAAGGUUCGGGAGGAAAGUUGUUUACGUCGUAGUCGGAGAUGGUGUCGAAGAGGAGCAAGGCUCAAAAAAGCACAACAUGCCCUUCUGGAGGAUCUCCAGCCAUUCAGACCUCAUGGCCCUUCACCAUGCUCUGGACCUGGAGUACUUGUAG